GGCAGCCCCAAAACGCUGGGAAUAGCCGGCCGCGAAACGCGUCGGGCAGCAGCAGACAAGGCAGCAACAAUGGGCCGCCGCUCGUCGAAGCCCGACCCCAUUCCCGCGCCCACACACGCACCGCAACGCGUCGUCUUUGACGGCGGCGCUAUUGGUCUCUCGUUGGCGCGGAGAAAGAGUGAUAAUAGAGCGGUCGUCGUGAGCGUGGUGCCGAACGGCGCCGCUAGCGUAGCGGGCGUCAUUAGUGGCGACGCCGUCACGACCGUCGACGACGGCGAUGCUGGUUCGUAUCAAGACGUCGUGCAGCGCCUGGAAGGGAGGAGGCCCGUGUCAUUAGGUUUUAUGAGAGGCGGCGAGCUCGAGGACAUUCUCGCGAGCAUGACGGCCGUCAAGCGGGCCUUUUCUCAAACAAAAAGGGCCGAGAACGAACAAAAACGAGAACUAAGACGUAAGGAGGCGAUCCAGAAGCGGAUUUCAGAGAUGAGACCCGCGACGCACGACUCAUUAUUCAACGUGUCGUUGAUGCCGCCGGGCGGCUGUGCUUGGACUCGUAUUCAAGCCGGGGCGCCUCCACCCUUGAAUCAUAUUAGGGACGCUCUAGCUAAAGUGAGUGGUCCUCCGCCUCCCUUCGUUGAUGACAUGGCGGGCAAGGACGAGUGCUGGUAUCCGACGGGCAUCGGGAACCCGCGGUUUCGGUCGCUGGGCUUUCGGACCCUAAAGUCGAUGCCGGCUCAUGAAAGACUCCAAGUGAAGCAGGACAUCGAGGAGCAGGUCGCUGCCCUCAAAGAGCAGAAACGCUCUCAGGGAUUAUCUGAUAAAGAAUUCCUGCGACUGAAAAGUCUGCAGGGCGACCUCGCGGGCGUGACUUAUUGGGCGAAUCCCACACGUAAAAAGAACCGACUCGAACGGCUGGAGCGCGAGCACCACGCAACUCUCAGAAGGAGGACGAUCUCGGCGCGGGCCAUCGAGCGCGAAUUACACAUCGCGGAGGACAUCGCUGAAACACAACGGCGGACGGCGGCGAACCUGGCCGCGUAACGUUCAUAGUAAUCUUC